AUGCCUAAUCUCAUACUCUCCGUUCAGGAAUGUAUAUCUGAACAUCCAACACCAUAUUGGAUUUCAAUUUACACUUUUAUUAUUCUUAUUAUCCUACCAACGAUUCUCAAUAUUAUUUUCAAUUCAUUGAUAUUUAUUUUAGUACGUUCGUCGACUCGUCGUGUACGUGCUCUAGCAAUAACCAGGACUUCUAUUGUCAAUUCAAAUUAUAGUGCUCGAGAUAUUCAUCUACUUAAACAUAUACUUUUCAUAUCAGUGGUGUUUUUAUUGGGUUAUGUACCUAUUUAUACUAUUCGAAUGCUUUACUUAGAUGCAGAUGUGAUCUUCUGGGCUUCGCAACUCAUACAAUUUCUUCCUGUACUAAGUGGACUUAUCAUUAUAGUAGAUUUGUUCUGGUACAAUCGUGAUCUUACACAAUAUAUAAAAGACAGCAUUUUCAAAUGUUUGCGUUUAAAUCCAAAUUAA